GCAGUCCGAACAUUCCAAGUUUGCGAAACAAUGCUCGGCGGGGACAGGGUGUCUCCUUGCUCGCAAGCCAUCUCGAAGGCGGAACCAAUCCACCCUGGCCAAGGAUUAAAGCUUCUUUGCACCAUGGCUGCUGUUCCACCUAUGUGUCUGGGGGAAGGCCAUGCGAAUAUAGGUUGUGAUGAUGCCCAUCCCAUUUCCGUCACGCCAGCCUCGUUCGUCAUUCCACAACAACUACUACACUCUCUCACAUAACUUCACCUGUCAAGCCCGCCUCCCCUUGUCUCCGUCCUCCUCCCCGGAUCCUACGGUUGCAGCUUGCGGUCCGCAGUUCCAGCUUGAGGCGAACCACCACAUACGCAUCCGAUGUUCGCAAAGGUACUUCUCUCAGGCCUCGUCGCCGCGGCGGCGGCCCAGACCACCAACUCAAGCUCACAGGCCUGCGUCUCGGGCAACGCAGUGCACAUGAUCGUGGCGCGGGCCUCCCUCGAGCCGCCAGGUUUCGGUAUCCUCCAGAACAUCUCGACCCGCGUGAUAGAGCAGCUGCCAGGGUCCAAUGCUGAGGCCGUCGUGUAUCCCGCCACGCUGGACGGCUACCAGAACUCGGAGGGCCAGGGAGUCGCUGCCAUGACGCAGCUGGUCAACAACUACGCCCAGGCGUGCCCGAACAGCAGGAUGGUCCUCAUGGGGUACUCGCAGGGCGCACAGGUCACGGCCGACACGGUCUGUGGCUCCAAUAUCGCCGGGUUCGCCCAGACGCAGGCAGUAUCGACGGCAGUCACUGAUAAAGUUGCCGCGAUCGUGUUGAUGGGCGAUCCUACGCACCUUGUGGGCCAGCCAUUCAACGAGGGCACUGCGACAAGGAACGGGACCUUCCCUCGGGUAGAUAGUUCCGGCUGUGCCCCAGUGGCCAGCAAGAUGGUCUCGUUCUGCAACGCGGACGACACGUUCUGCGACUCGGGCAACAACAUCACCGUGCAUCUCUCCUACGUCCAGGACAACGGAACCUCCGCGGUCAACUUCAUCACCGAGAAGGUCAAGGGCGGGUCCGGCAGCAGCAAUAGUUCGGGCUCUACCUCGGGGACAGGUGUCGUGACGGUCAACCCCGCCCCGCGAGCGGUGGCAGCUCCGGCUGGAUUUGCUAUUUUGGCUGGAACCGCGGGGAUGCUGGUAGCUUAAGUCACCAUAUUUUGGUGAAGGCGGCCUCUAUCUGGCCGCAAUGGAGCUGUCAUGCCACGGCGGAGAUCUACCAGCGUCGACACCAUUGCUGACCUCGCCAUCCCCUUAAUACUCUGGCUGAAUUACUAUUUGCUCGUGCACCAUGCUCACCAUGUAUAUAUGGAUAUUUGGGCAGCCACCAUGUCUGGACACAUGGGUUGUCACGAUCUGCUUUUACUGUAUAAACGCAACGACAUACUGCACAGCCGAGUGUGAAUAGGAUUCGCAUAUUGACCCGAAUAUACGCUCCACAUUGUACAUACAAA